AUGGCGGCUUCAAGUUCACAGGAAGAAGGCAACACAAAUUAUGCAAUCUGCGACAGAGAUUUGGUCGGACAAUUCGUAAGAUAUGGCACGCUCUUAGGAACAAGAGGAGGUGAUGCUGAGAAAGUAGUUUUCAAGGGCUUUGAUGGUAUUAAUGGUCUCGAAAUCGCUUGGUCUGAGACAUUAUUAACAAAAGAUAUGUUGAAGAACGAGAAAUAUGUUGAGAGUUUGUGUAAUGAACAUAAUCUCAUGAAACCAUUGGUGCAUGAUAAUAUUGUUAGAUGCUAUGAUUCUUGGGUUGAUUUUAAGGAGAAAAGACUUUACAUGAUUACUGAACCUUCUACUUCUGGUAAUUUGUUAGAUUAUCUUCAGAAACAUUUUCUUGAAGAUGAUAUUGCUAUCAAGAGUUGGUGCAUACAGAUUCUUAGAGGUUUGGAAUAUCUUCACAAUCAAAAUCCACCAAUUAUUCAUCGUGAUGUUAAGUUUGAAAACAUCUUUAUUAAUGGUAAUACUUGCACUGUUAAACUUGGAGAUUUCAGUCUGGCUAUGAUUCUUGGUCAAAAGUACAGUGCAGAUACUUUUGAAACACCAUUGUUUAUUGCACCAGAGGUUUCAGUAGGAGAACCAUGUCAUGAGUCAGUUGACAUUUAUUCUUUUGGGAUGUGCGUAUUACAGAUGAUCACCCUUGAAAUUCCAUAUAGGGAAUAUGUUAACAAAUAUCAUGCUCGUAUGAAGGCUAGUUCGGGUAUAAUGCCUGAUUCAUUAAGAAGAGUGGCUGAUCCUGCGGCUAAGCAGUUCAUUGAAAGGUGUUUGGCUCCUGCUUCUGACAGACCCACGGCGACUGUCCUCUUGGAUGAUCCGUUUCUUGCACAAACUACUAUUCCUAUCACCCCAACUAAUAGUCAGAGUCUGACAGAAAGUUUCAAGGUUGUGCCUGGUCAAGUGGAUAAAUUACUACCGAAGACAUUUUGGUUAAGAGGGACAAAAGUAAACAACAAUAACAAUGACAAUGCUGAAUCUGAUUCUGAUUCUGAUUCUGAUUCGAUAUUACUGACAUUGUGGAUUAAGUUUGCAUCUAAAAGUGAAGUGGUGAUUGAAAAUGUUUACUCAAGUGAAAGUGAUACAAUUCAAGGAAUUCUUGCGGGAAUUGCAACAGAACAUGGCUUUUCAGCUGCAGAAGUAGUAACGGUUACUCAGCUUAUGGACACACUCAUACCAGUAGCGUCAUCUGAUAGUGGUCACCGGUUCGUAAAGUACUAUGAAAUAUCGUGCCAAGAUCGUGUUGUUAAGCCAGUUUAUCAACUAGGCUUGUUGAGAGGCAUGCUAUCCUGUUUCUCAUGUAAGGCAACUACUUCGACUGCUGAUCAGUAG